GCCGCUAGGGGGUCGACAGUCACGAGUGGUUCAUUCGGUUCAUCGGAAAGGAAAGAUGCCGAAGUACUACUGCGACUACUGUGAUACUUACCUCACGCACGACUCCCCAUCGGUGCGUAAAACGCAUUGCAAUGGACGGAAACAUAAAGAAAACGUCAAAUUCUAUUACCAAAAAUGGAUGGAGGAGCAAGCACAAAACCUCAUAGAUGCCACAACGGCUGCUUUUAAGGCCGGGAAGAUCCAGUCAAGCCAGUACCAGAACAAGCCAAUUUCAGGAGCCAUGAUUCCCCCACCUGCUGCUUUGCAACCGGGGCCUCCCCAGCGCAUGCCUUUGGUCGGUCCCCCCCACAUGGGCCCGAUGCCGGGGCCCAUGCCGGGCCCCAUGCCCGGACCCAUGCCCAUGAUGGGACACCCAGGACCCAUGCCCCCCAACAUGAUGAUGCCAGGCAUGCGACCACCGAUGGGCCCCAUGGGGCCUAUGAUGGGGCCCAUGGGACCUGGCCCCAUGAGGCCACCCCUGGUGGCAGUCAACCAGAAGAAGUGAUUAACGCCUACGGAACUCUGUGGACUGCUCAGCCGCCUCGUGUACAUAAGACUUCACCAGCCGUUUCUGCAUCGCAUCAUCGAGGGGAGAACCUGUUAAUAAAAUUGAAGUGUCAUCCUCUGCAA